AUGGAUAAUGGUACACACUCUCACAGUGAUGAUUUUGAUAUCUCCAUGGAUGAGCUGCUGGAAAUGGAAGAAAAUUGUCUGAACACUUGGAGAUUGGAUGAAGAAAUCAGUAUGGGGGAACUGCUGCAUCUUCAGGAGGCCAUGAACAACUACGACGAUGAGGAUGAAGAAAAUGCUUGGUAUGUUUCUGACUCUGACAAUGAAGAUGAAACACAAAAUCAAAUCUUAGAACCAAAUCAGAUAGGCAAUAAAAAACCUGUUCUAGUAAAUGAACUCAGGCAACAACUAGUUGUCACCCUUUUUUCUGAGGCAGAAAAUUUUGUAUUGCCUAGAGGCUUGAUUAAAGAAAUGACUUUAAAAUAUCACAAACAUAGGACUAUAAUUUUCAGAAUUUGGAAUGAAGCAAAAAAACAAAAGCAACAGGGACUUCUUGUUAAUGUGCGCCAUAAGAAAAGGAAUUGUGGUAGAAAAUCUAUGAUUACAGAUGAUGAGGUAUUGAGGGCUGUGCCACUUAGACAGAGAACUACACUAAGGUCCUUUGCAGCUGCCCUUGAAGGGCCCAUAUUUGAUUUACUAUAUAAUGUCGUACACGUUGAUGAGAAGUGGUUUUUCAUGUCAAAAGUCACACAACGAUUCUACUUAUUGUCAGAAGAAGCUGAUCCGUACAGGGCAUGUCAAUCAAAGAGUUUCAUUCCUAAAGUUAUGUUCAUGGGAGGAAUUGCUAGACCAAUAAUUUCAGAAUCAGGUCAUGUAUUAUUUGAUGGCAAAAUAGGGAUAUUCCCUUUUGUGGAAGACUACAUAACUCAAAGGAACAGCGUUAACAGAGACAGGGGGCCAUGGGAAUUGAGAGCAAAACAGAGCAUAACAAAAGAUGUCAUCAGGGAUAUGAUUAUUGAAGUUCUAUUGCCAGCAAUUAAAUCAAAUUGGCCUGAGUUUGGAUGCAAACAAAUAUGGGUACAACAGGACAAUGCAAGGCCUCAUAUUAAACCAGAUGAUGAAGCUUUCCUACAAGCUGCUAGUACAGAUGGUUUUGACAUUCACUUGGUUUACCAACCCCCACAAUCCCCUGACCUAAACCUCUUAGACUUAGGUUUUUUCAAAGCCAUACAGUCCAUACAACACACUGAUUUUCCAGAAACAAUAGAAGAACUGCUCAAAAGUGUUCAAGUUGCAUGUGAAGCUUAUGAUCCUAAGACACUCAAUUACACUUGGCUGCAUUUCAUGUAUGUCAUGUUCGAAGUGUUGAAGGUUGAAGGGGGAAAUAACUACAAAAAUCCACGCAAGGGAAAAAAAAAGCUUGAUAGAAUGGGUCAACUCCCAACUUUUGUUGAAGUGUCUCAAGAGUUGGUGGAUGACACAAUUGCUCUUUUGAAUGUAGGGAUAGUCACUAAUCCAACAGGUGACUUAGCAGCUUGA